CGCUUUAGAGUAGCAGAGACAGAAAACAGUUUUCUGCUCGGAACUCGACAAGGUUGUUGUUUUGUCUGUCUUUUGUUAAUUUCCUCGAAACCUUAUGUCAUGCCGUUGCCAUAUUCGUCGCCGUUUUUUUUUAUGGAGAGAAAUCAAUGGGAAAUGAUGUGAGGUCACUAUCUUUACCCCCCUAUUUUAAUUCCUAGAAGAGGCAUAACUAUGUUCCCUACGAAAGUAAAAAGGCUGCUACAGUUAAGACACACAUUGUGGGGCUGUGCUUCACUUAAAGCCCCCUGCUCCAGACUGGUUUUGGGCAUUGAGACAAGCUGUGAUGACACUGGAGCUGCAGUUAUGGACGAGACAGGGAAAAUACUGGGGGAGUCUCUACACUCACAGAAAGAAGUCCAUCUCAGGACUGGAGGCAUCAUCCCCACAGUGGCCCAGCAGCUCCACAGAGAGAACAUAGAGCGGGUGGUGCAGGAGGCCCUUGAGAGGAGCCACGUGGCCCCCAGCCGGCUCUCAGCUGUGGCCACCACGGUGAUGCCCGGCCUGGGCCUGAGCCUGGGCAUCGGGCUGGACUUCAGUCGGAGGUUUGUCAGGCAGCACAACAAGCCCUUCAUCCCCAUCCACCACAUGGAGGCCCACGCCCUCACCGUCAGGAUGCUCCAGCCGGUUCCCUUCCCCUUCCUGGUGCUGCUGGUCUCUGGAGGUCACUCGCUGCUCGCUGUGGCUCGAGGAGUGGAUGACUUCCUGCUUUUGGGUCACAGUCUGGAUGAAGCUCCAGGCGAUACGAUGGAUAAAGUUGCAAGGCGUUUGUCUCUCAUAAAGCACCCACAGUGCUCCACACUGAGUGGAGGACAGGCUCUAGAGCUCCUAGCAAAGGAUGGAGACAGGUCAAGGUUCCCGUUCAGGACCCCCAUGGGGCAAACGUACGACUGCUGCUUUUCAUUCACUGGGCUACGGAAUCAAGUUAACAUGGCGAUAAUGAAAAAAGAGGCAGAGGAAGGUAUAGAGCAGGGGACUCUGCUUUCCUGUGUGAAGGACAUUGCAGCUGCCACACAGCACACGGUGGCCUCUCAUCUGGCAAAGCGCACGCACCGGGCCAUCGUGUUCUGCAAGGAGAACGGUAUGCUGCCAUCCAGCAAUCCCACCCUGGUCCUGUCUGGAGGAGUAGCCAGCAAUGAGUACAUCCGCAAGACUCUGAGCAUCAUCACUGAGACCACAGGACUACAUCUGCUCUGCCCCCCUGCCAAAUUCUGCACUGACAACGGAGUGAUGAUUGCAUGGAAUGGUGUUGAGCGCCUGAGAGAAGGGAAAGGGAUACUACCUCCAAAUGUGGAUGUCCGCUAUGAGCCAAAGGCGCUGCUGGGUGUGGACAUGAGCGCCGAGGUGAGGGCAGCGGCUAUCAGGCUGCCGUCAGUCCGGAUCAAGAUCCACAACUGAGGCUGCUGCUUUUCUUCUGUCACUCCUAUAGCCCAGAUCAGAGUAUAUACCGUGUAUAUACUGUAUAUGUACAAACACAUUACAAAUAUAUUGUUUAAUGAA